GCCAACAAUUUUAAAACCAAAAGCAUGCACAGCGAGAAAACUGAACAGUAAACCUAAAACAUCCAAACAAACUGAUCACCAUGAAAAACCCUCAAUCCGUCCUCCUACUCCUCCCUCUCAUCUUCCUCUUCUUCCUCCAUCCAACCUUAGCCGUCGAAUCCCCCUCCUCCUCUCCCGCCCCCACCACCAACCCUGCAGAUUUCAUCCGCACAAGCUGCGCCACCACCCUAUACCCCGAGCUCUGCGACUCCUCCCUCUCACCCUUCACCUACACCGUCCAGUCAAACCCUACUAGGCUUGUGAUGGCAGCCGUUGCCGUGAGCCUAACCAAUGCAAGACGCACGGCGACUUCCCUCGCAAACCUCUCCAAACAAGCCGACCCUAAAGUCGCCGGGGCCCUCCAGGACUGCUCCAGCAACUUCGGAAAAGCCAUCGACGAGAUUACAGAUUCACAAGAGCAGAUGAAGACGUUGGGGUCGGGUACCGGGUCGGUUAGGUUUCAGCUGAGCAACGUGCAGACGUGGAUGAGUGCGGCGCUUACGGACGCGGAGACGUGUACGGAUGGAUUUGAGGACGUGGAGGACGGGCCGAUCAAGACGGAGGUGGUGAACCAGGCUGAGAUGGCGAAGAAGAUGACAAGUAUUGCGCUUGCGAUCAUUAAUGGUCUUGCUAGUAACGGCGCACCGCCCUGAUUAUUUGUUCAAAUUGAUUAUGCCGUAUAUCUAGUUUCAUAAAUCAUUUAGAUAGCUAUAGUUUGGUCCUUUAGUUGUGCCUUGAUUAGAGUUCGUAAACUGAUCUUUACUUGGAGUGCAAGCCAGCUAA